AAUAUAUACAGAAAAGUUCAAGCUGCUCAUCUAACUACUCGAUAUGGGACUGAUGAAGAUUUUAGCAUAAAAAUUUGCCAAAUUCCUGCACUUGCUUUUCUUCCUCCAGGUGAAAUCCCUAAUACAUUUGAUGAGCUAAAAGGUCAUAUUCCAGAAGAAGUGAAUCCAAUUAUCAGGUGGUUUGAAGAGACCUAUAUUCACCGCCAAUUUAUGAAAAUAAUGAAUAUGAUUUUUCUAGAACAAAUAAUUCUGUUGAGGCCUAGCACAGAAGUUCAACUUGAUAUUGCAGCUAUUUCGCAAGAAGCACCAAGGCCUUCUCAAAAAAGACAAAAUGAUAGAUAUGAAUUACAAAUUAAAACAGUCUUAGAUAAUCGUGAAAAUAGACUAUUAAUGGACUUUCUUGAAGGAAUCACACACAAUCUUUCAUUAUAG